GAUGCUAUAAAUUGAGGUGUCCCUUAGCUUGGAUCCCAUUUCUUCAUAACCAUAUUCAUAUGACUCCAAAUUAAAUUGGAAACAAAAGUUGAAGCACUGCAAAAGCCAUCAACAGUUACUAUCAAUGGAGGGUCUCCAACGAACCAUAUCCGACAUCUCCUUCGAGCUAAGCAAAGAAGGUCUUGGGGUUGCUGCAAACAACGUGCCGCUGCCACCCAUCUCAGAGGUGGAGGCUGCAGCCUGCGAGUGCUGCGGUCUCUCCGAGGACUGCACAGCAGAGUACAUUGGACAUGUUAAGGACAAGUUCAUGGGGAAGCUUAUUUGCGGCCUCUGUGCUGAGGCCGUAAACGAAGAGAUGGAGAAGAAUGGUUGGAAAAGAGAGGAGGCAUUGAAGGAGCACAUGAGCGCUUGUGCGAAGUUCAAUAGGAUCGGAAGAGUGUAUCCGGUGCUGUAUCAAGCGGAAGCCAUUAAACAAAUUCUGAAGAAAACCAAAAGCGACCACCGCGGCGGUAGGAUUGGCCGGAGCUCCAGUUGCAUUCCGGCCGUCGGUAGAGACGUCUGUGAUCCAACCAUGGUGAAGUGAUCAUGUUAGGUGAGUUAAAGGGGCACGUGGAGUCACGUUAGAGUAUACCCGUAACAUGGAGGUACAUAAUAGGCUGUAACCUAUUUAAAUAAAAGAAAGAAAGAAACAAAUAAUUAAAAGGAAGAGGAUGUGAAAUUCCGCUACCAAA